AUGUCAUCCUAUCUUCUCAACUCCAUCCAAGAACUUAAUAAUUGGCAUUCCUCGCAGUCGUGGUUCAUGAGCGAAGCUCAACUAUUUCAACUCAACACUCAACUCAGUACCAGCUAUUAUAUCACCAUGACAUCUCCGCACACCAAUCAAGAAGCUCUCAAGAUCAUUCUUACAAAGCUCAAUCGUCUCGAACUUCGCUUCAAUGAAAUAGAUGGCAGGCUAGGUGCCAUUGAAUGCUCUGUGGUCUCUGACACCAGCACAAACCUUCCAAGCAGCCCAACGACUCGACAGUCCGUGUCAAGCUGUACAUGCACCCUCAGCGAUAUUCCUCAACCGCUAUUCCAAGAGAAUUGCAAACUCCGGCAAUGUUCUGCUUCGACAUACAGAGCCUCGGUUGAUAGACUACGCCGUCGCUUCGAAUUCGAUGCUUGCUCUGAAGUCGCCCCAAGAAUCUCUGAGGAAGAAGUCGUCUCUCCAGAAUUCGAUUUAGAGGAGAUAAUCGACGGCUACUCCGAUGCUCAAUCCGUAUCUUUCUACCCCUCACGCUCGAUAUCACGAUUUUCGUUUGCUCCUCGCGAAUCGAGGCCGAGUCGCGAUAUUCCCGAAAUUCCCUCUCUACGAUAUGAAGACUUGAUGAUUCAUGCUGAGCAGACCUCGUACACGGAAUCAAGUAGACGAAGCAGAAGGAGCUCAGCGACUGAAACCUUCUCAGAAGCAAACGACUCGCCUAGCACGGCUGCGACUUCAUUUAUUCAGGGAUCAUGGGCUGGCAGCAGGCGAAGCUCGACUGCGGGCAUUUGCAGCAAAAGAAGGGGAUCGAUUCGACGCGCAGCCCCCGGGCUUGCCAACUUCGAUACUGUCGGUGAUAUUGUCGAAAAACUCGUGUCAUCACAGAGACAGGAAGCUAUUCUGCUUUACUUAUGGGUGACUCAGCCCUUCAGCAUGUUCCACCCUCAAAAGACUCGCUUGCUCUUGCAUGUACCUGCCUCCUGAACUGACCAGUCAGAGCAAGGCAUGAAAAGUGAGGAAAUGGAAAAUGGAUUCCGUUUUC